AUCCGUGAUACCGCUGCUAUUGGAGACGACGGCCGGCUGACUGGCGAGGCCCGAGGGGCCGGCGGCAGCGGCGGCGGGGACUUCCCGGCCGGUGUAAAAAGUGGAUAGUGGCUCACGUGUCAAAGGAUGGCACGGUCACGAUCUAGAUCCCCCAGGUGGAAAUACAGGUCUUUAUCACCAAUACCUAGAAAUUUUGAAUACUACAAGCAAAGACAUUCUCAUGGGCAUUAUGACUGUGAAUAUAGGAAGGAUUCAAAAAGGUCCAUUGCUUGGAGAACGGACAAUGAGAAACACCGACAGAGUAAACCAAGGAUUCCCUAUCGUGGAAAUAUACAUUACCGAUCUUAUGAACAUAGAUCACCUUCCCCAAACAUAAGAAACAACUCUUUAGACAAUUUUUAUAUGUAUAAGCCUCACCAAGUAUAUUCACCUGGAAGAGGGGACAGUAACAGAUCUCAGUAUGUGCCCAAAUACUCAGAGGGUUUACCCUACAAAGAGCAUGAGAGGAAUUGUUAUCCCCAGAAAGUGCAAGGAAGGUAUAUUCCUGAUGACCACAGAGUUAGAGGAAGUGGAAAAGGAGGGAAGCCAUCUCAGAGGUCAAUAGCAGAUUCUUUUAGAUUUGAAGGAAAAUGGCAUGAAGAAGAGUUGAGGCACCAGAGGAUACAAGAAGAAAAAUAUUCCCAGUCACCUAGAAGAGGCUCUGAAGACUUUGAGACAAGGAGCUCUUUUCAGAAGAGGUAUCCUGAGGAUCGUGAUUUCAGAAAAUAUGGACACACAUCAAAAAGACCUAAAGAUGUGGAGAGGUAUGAAAACAGAGAGCCUGCCAGGAACCCAAAGUGGAAACCCCAGCAUUCUCUUCCACCUUACCAAGAGAAGAAAGAUGCGCGGAACCUCGGACCCCAAACUCAUCGACAUGCUGAGAGGGAGCACCCAGAGACCAGUUCAGCAGCCAAAGUGGCCUAUGACUAUCGCCACAAACGUCAUAAGGCCUCAGAUGGGGACCAGGACUUUUCAGGUGGGAGAACUCAGAAGUACUCUAAGGAGGAAGAUAGAAAAUACAGUUCUCAAAAAGGCCCUGUAAAUAGAGAGUCAGAUUGUUUUAAUGCUGGAAGAGGGAGAGAGACUGAAGAUGGACAAGUCAAAGACCCUUUUAAGCCAUCUAAGAAAGACUACAUUGCCUGUUCUCACUCAAAUAAAAAUGAUGUUGAUUUGAGGCCUUCUAAUGGCAAACGGAAGGAAAAAAGAAAGAAAGAAGGAGACUGCAGGAAAGAGCGCAACUCUUCCAGUAAACAGCUUGUCAAAAGUAAAAACCUUUCUGAUGUGAAACCCUCAUCUGUCAAUCUUAGGAAGAAAUCACUUACAGUUAAAGUAGAUGUGAAGAAAACAGUAGAUACAUUCAGGGUUGCUUCUAACUAUUCCACAGAGAGACAGAUGUCACAUGAUUUGGUUGCUGUUGGCAGGAAAAGUGAGAAUUUUCAUCCAGUGUUUGAACAUCUUGAGUCAACUCAGAAUACUGAAAGCAAACCUACAGAAGAAUUUGCUCAGGAAAUCAUAACAAUAAUCCAUCAAGUUAAAGCAAAUUAUUUUUCAUCACCUGGAGUUACUCUACAUGAGCGGUUCUCAAAAAUGCAAGAUACAUAUGAUGCAGAUGUAAAUGAAAUUAAAUUGAAUUCAGAUCCAGAAAUUCACAGGAGAAUAGAUAUGUCUUUGGCUGAGCUUCAGAGUAAACAAAGUAUGAUAUAUGAAUCAGAACAGACUCUGGUCAAAAUAAUAGAUCCAAAUGACCUACGACAUGACAUUGAAAGAAGGAGAAAAGAACGGUUACAGAAUGAAGAUGAGCACAUUUUUCACAUAGCUAGUGCUGCAGAGAGGAAUGAUCAGCAUUCCAGUUUUUCACAGUUGAAGAAUAUUCAUACUGAUGGAUUCCAAAAACCUGCUCAUUUUAUAAAAUCAAAUUCUAGAAAAUUUAUUCAGAAACCUUACAUGAAUUAUACUAUGCAGAAAAAAGACAUCAUUACUCACAAGCCAUUUGGAGUUGAAGGAAACCAUCAAAACACAAGAGGCUUUAAAAGAUCUUUUAAGGGCAACUUUAGAGGUGGCAGAUUCCAGCCCCAUUAUAAAUCAGGCCUAGUACAGAAGAGCUUGUACAUUCAGGCUAAAUACCAGCGUUUACGGUUUGCUGGUCCAAGGGGAUUUAUCACUAAUAAAUUCAGAGAAAGAUUACUGAGGAAAAAAAAGUUUUAAUAAUGUAAGAUCCUAAUAAAAGGAAUAUACAAACGUUGCCACAGAAAACUAAUCUGGAAUCGUUACAAAUGGAAACAACACUGCAGGAGAUUGUUUGGGAAUAUCUCUUUUUGUCAGGAGUUAGAAUUGGCACUAAGGCAUUAAUACUGUAACUUUCUUGAUAAAAUAACUUUAUUUUUCAGUAGUGGAAUGCUGCAACUUUUUUACACUUAAUUGCUUUUAAAUUACAGUAUUCAAUUUAAAAGUUGUAUUAACUACAGUUUCUUUUGCAAAAAAUCUCAAUAGAAUCACUUGAAGGGCAUUAUUUGUUGACCCAUUUUUCUCUGAGCAUGGUUUCAUCGAAAGAACUUAACCAAGUUAUAUUCAGACAUUUAUAUGUUGGAAGUUUCGCUUAUGUAAUAAAAAUAAAAACAAAAGUGUCUGAAUUGUAUAGUGUCUGUACAUGAAAGAACUUUAAACAGUGGCCUUAUGGUAGCAAAUUUUAUACUGGAUUUUUCUUUUUCUGAUGACAUUUUGGCUUACAACUUGAAGUUUUCUUAAGUUUCUGAAGAUCAAGGCCUAUAUUAUUCAUACAUUUCAUAUUAUGAUAUAAGAAGGCAAGAGAAAAGGUGCUUCAAAUUUUCCAUCAGGUAGUUGUGAGUGCACUGAAUUUUUAGUAAUAUGUUCAUUCAGUUUUUCCCACAACUAUUUGCUCUUUUCCAAUUUCAAAAUGCUAUUGUGGAAAAUAUGUAAAGAUUUUGUAAUCUAUAUUCCAUCUUAUUCUUCCCUCAGGGCGAGCUUGUGCAUAUCAUAUUUUUAAAGGCUUUUUAAAAAUCUAACAGACAAAAUCUCAUAUUUGAAAAUUGUACUUUACUAUUACAGCAUUACACAUUUUGCAAGCACAUCUUAUAGUGUUUAUUUUCAGUUCAGUUGAUAUGUAUGGUGUACCUAUUAUGUGUAAGAUAAAAUUGAUGGGAUUUUAAAUGAAACUUUCAGGUUCCAAUACCUUAUUUCUUUAUGUUUUCUGUGUUCUGCUUAACAGUGCAUAUA